AUUUCUUUGCUCAAGCUCUGCAAGAGAGAGAGAGAGAGAGAGAGAGAGGGCCGGGCAGGCGGGCAGCUCUCGAAACGAAGGAAAGAGCGAAAGGAAGGAAGGAAGGAAGAGACGGAAGGGCGGACAAGAUUUUUGGUGGGUUUCGAACCCACAUCGAAAUCCCUAGAUCUUUAUUUACUUUUGGCUUCGCUAAAUGACAGAUGAUAGGUCUUCUUGAAAGCUGAAGGAAAAAAAAAUACAGUUUACAGAUAGAAGAAGAUUUGUGUGCUAAUGAUGAUGGGUGAGUUUGAUCACCACCAUGGUUCUAUAGUUGAAGAUUGGAUAUCUCCAAGUUCAAGUCCUAUAUUUUUCUCUCCUGUUCUGAAUGACGAUGUUCUUAUAGAAAAUAUUGAUAGCAACCGCGAAGACUUGAAUAAUGGUGCUGAUGAUUUGCCCAAGACACGACGAGGAAGAGGAGGACUAGCAGCCAGAGCUGGAUUCAAUGCUUUGAGAUUGAAUACAGAAAGUAUGAGGCCGUCUGAUCUUUCUAUAUCCCAAGUUGUUCGGUCUCCUUAUUUGACGAUUCCUCCCGGUUUGAGUCCAACCACUCUUUUAGAGUCGCCUGUUUUCCUCUCAAAUUCACUGGUUCAGCCUUCUCCGACUACAGGAAAGUUCUUAUUUGCCCCGACUGGUAGUAACAACAAAAACUGUUCAUUUGGUUCUGACAAUAACAAAGAUCAAUUCUUUGAAGAUUCUGGUUCUCAGCCAUUUUCAUUCAAACCUGUUGCGGAUCCUGGUUCUGCUGUCUUUGAUGGUGACGAAAACAGUUUAGAGCCAUUGAGUAUUGAAAAUUCUUUGCAGCCUGAAAAUGGAACUGCACCUCACGUUCCUCAGUUUAGUAAUUCUAUGAUGCCAGAAACAAGUAGUAUUGGUGCAGCUAGUGGAGGUGCGAAAGAAGACGGGGAUGUGGAGGAGGUAAGAAAUGGUGAGGACGACGGUUACAAUUGGAGAAAAUAUGGACAGAAACAAGUGAAGGGCAGCGAAUAUCCUCGGAGUUACUACAAGUGUACACAUCCUAACUGUUGGGUCAAGAAGAAGGUUGAAAGAUCUCAUGAAGGCAUUAUUACGGAGAUUAUAUACAAAGGAUCCCACAAUCACCCUGAACCCGUAGUAACUGUUCCAGCCCGCAGGUCGGCGGUAGGAUCGGAUGAUCAAAAUUCGAUGCAGUCUGUUCGUGAUGGUGACUCCCCCUGGUCAACCGCCCAAAAUGGAGGAGGCCCUGAUAAUCUUGAAGUCAAUAACAACUCUUUGCAGGCUCAGAAAGGCGCGCCACUCCUCGAUUCAAGCAUUGCGGUUGAUGGGUCCUCUACUUUCUCUACUAACGACGAGGAUGAAGACGACCAACAAGAAGAAUCUGAGACCUCAAAGAGGAGGAAAGUGGAAGCUUAUGCAAGUGAACUGACUGGUCCUACAAGAGCUAUUAGAGAGCCGAGAGUUGUAGUCCAGACCACAAGUGAAGUUGAUAUCCUAGACGAUGGGUACCGUUGGCGCAAGUAUGGACAGAAAGUGGUGAAAGGAAAUCCAAACCCUAGGAGUUACUAUAAGUGCACAAGUCCCAGCUGUACUGUCAGGAAACAUGUUGAAAGGGCAUCACAUGAUCUUCGAUCGGUAAUCACAACAUACGAGGGAAAGCACAACCACGAUGUCCCCGCAGCUAGAAACAGCAGCCACCUUAACAACUCUGCCACCUCAUCAACUGCUGGUGGUUCCCUUCAUCAUCAUCAUCAUCUUCUUCACAGGACAGAGUACCCUCUGGUUCAAAAUGAAAUGUCCAGGUUCGAUAAUAGACCAGCAGCAGCAGCAUCAACCCAUCUCGGCUCAUAUGGUGGGUAUGGUUAUGGUAUGAACCAGACUACAGGGAUUGGGAGCUUAGGCGGCAGCGGCAGCGGCAUGGGAAACAACAGCCAAGGAGUGGCUGCUGCUGCUGCUGCUUAUAUGGGGGGACGGCAGAAUCAAAUGGGCUUGAUGAUGAUGAUGCCCAAGGGAGAGGUGCCCAAACUGGAACCCAUCAAUAUCAAUAAUAAUAAUAAUAAUAAUAAUAAUAAUAAUAAUAUAGAUAAUAAUGGAUCAUCUGUUUAUCAUCAGAUCAUGAAUAGGCUACCGCAAAUGUAAAUCUUCCUUUCAUGAUUUUUUAAUGUAAAAGCUUAAAACAUAUUAUUAUUAUUAUACUUGAUGUUGUGAUGCUGUAGUGGUUUUGGAUUUAA